CAAAAUGUUAAAGAAUGAACUUUUAAAUUUUUUUUGGAUGAAAUGUAAAUAUAUAUUAGCACCCAAAGAAACUGUACAUCAUAAAACCAAGAACUAGAUCUCCUAACUCCCCCCCCCACCCCUACCUAGUGUAGGGGUGAAAGAGAGGUUUUUAUUCGAUCUAUAUCUAAGUCCAAAAACAGAUAGAGGCCUAAGUGCCCUAAAUCAUCAAAAAUAAUCGGUGUUGCAUUAUGCACACACACAUAACAUAAACCAAAAAAUCAUGAAAUCAAAGUGUAGCCAUGGUGUUGCGGUUUGCAAGCCUUCAGGUCCAAAAGAAGCAUCCCGCGGUCUCCAAUGUUGUAUGCCUCACGAGGUUCAAGAUAGGUUUGAGCCCCCAUUAGAAAGUUACCAAUUCAUGCGGAUAAAUGUUAAACAAGAUCUUGUACGUCACGUGCUUGAUCUUAGCAAUAAUGUCCUCUGCUGUCUUCUUGCCAUCAUCAAACCUUACUUCAUUACGCGCAUGCCAUAUGUAAUAGACUGUGGCACAAAACGCAAUGCGCGUCGCCUUAGCCUUCAACGUCGAGCCUUUAUGUGUUUUUGCAAUCCACUUCACCGCACUCAAUAGUGUUGUCAUCUCUCGUGUAAAACCCAUCCAACCCUAAUCUGAUGCCAAACCCUGCAGGAGAAUGGACAAAGAAAGAAUAGGUGUGGUAUUGUUUCCAAACCACCCUUGCAAAGGUCACAUCUAUUAACUAUAUGGAGAUAACCGAGACUGUCCUGUGUAGGGAGACGGUUUCUCAAAGCCAACCACACGUUAAAAGAGAGUUUCGGGGGGAUGUAGGAUUUCCAAAUGAAGCACAUAGGAGUCCUCAUUUGACCCUUGACUCUUAAUAACUCAUAGAUCUUAGCGGAGGCUAAUUUUCCAUUAGUGGCGCGUGUAUUAAGGCCUAAAAUCAUAUCAUUGCGAUUAUUAAAACAUGUCUGGAUUCUAUCUCGUAUAAGACCCAACCUCUUCGUGAGUUGUGAGUCUCGGGUAUGAGGGAUAAAAUCCCACACGGUUCUACCUUUGAGAUAGACACCAUUUACCCACCUCACCCAAAGGGUGUCUUUCUUCAAGUGGAUGUCCCAAAGUGUGCGAGCAAGUAGGGCGUGAUUCCACACCUUGGCAUCAUGUAUGCCAAGCCCCCCUUCCUCUUUGGGGAGACAAAUAUCAUCCCAAGCAACUUUGGCGAAUUUGCCACCCCAAAGAAAGAUCCGGCAAAUCGAGACAAUUCUAUUUAAAAUGGUUUGUGGAACCGGGAAAACUUGGAGCCAGAAAGACUGAACCCCUUGGAUCACGGAGCAAAUAAGCUCAAUCUUACCCGCAUAUGAGAUGGUUUUUGUAUUCCAAGUUUUUAAGAAAUCACUUACCGUUUCCAAGAGAGGGGCAUACUGGGCAACGGAAAUUUUAAGAGGUGCUAAUGGUAUGCCCAAGUAUCGCACAGGAAAUUCACCACAUCCAUAAUCAACAAGAUCAAGAAUAUUUUGUAAAUCAAGGUUAUGCACACCACCUAAGAAAAUAUUGGAUUUAGAGUGGUUCACCCUAAGGCCCGACACGUCACCAAAGUCUUUAAGAGUAUUGACUAAUAUCUCAAUCGAGUAUUUGUCGCCUCUAGAGAAGAGCAUUAGAUCAUCCGCAUAGGCCAAAUGGGUGAUGCCCAAUAAACCACAUAGAGGGUGAAAAUUGAAGUUCGGGGAGUUAGCCCUUAUGGAUAAUAGACGGGAGAAGUACUCAAGGCAUACUACAAAGAGUAAGGGGGACAUUGGAUCCCCUUGCCUUAUACCUCUUUUUCCUUUGAAAAAACCAUGCAAAACACCAUUCAAAGAGACAGAAAAAGAUGCGGUGGAGACGCAUUCCAUUAUCCACCCAACAAAUCGGUCGGGGUAGCCCAAACCCCUCAAAAUUUUGUCUAGGAAGUCCCAAGAGAUAGUGUCGUAGGCCUUGCGCAAAUCCACCAUUAUCAUACAACGCGGUGAAAUGUGUUUCCUAUUGUAUCCUCUAACAAGUUCCUGGGCAAGGAAAAUGUUAUCAAACAUAAGGCGACCAUCAACGAAAGCACCUUGUGCUUGGUUGAUCAAACCCGAAAGGGUGGGGGACAUCCUAGCUGCAAUAAUCUUCGUAAUAAUUUUAUAAAGCACAUUGGUACAUGAAAUAGGUCGGAAAUCCGAUACCCGAGGGGAGUGACUAGUUUUAGGGAUCAAUGCUAUAACAGUGUGGUUAAUCUGUUUUAGCAAAUUUCCCGAGUUAAAAAACUCUCUAGUGGCGUUAAUCACAUCCUCCCCCACAAUGCUCCAAUUCUUUUUAAAGAAAGCUGAUGAGUAACCAUCCGGCCCCGGUGCCUUAUCAUCUCCAAUAUCAAACAAGGCAUCUUUAAUUUCCUUAUUUGUUAUUGUAGAAAGGAGGCUAUCAUGGACCCUUGGUUCAAUCAAAGGGCCGGUCCCUAGGACCGAUUGGUCAAUUGGGAGGUUACUCAUCUCUGUACCAAAUAAAUCCACAAAAAACUUUACAAAUUCAUUCCCAACUUGUACAACUGAAUUAGUAGGGCUGCCAUCAUCUAAAGUUAUGGAGGUUAUGGCAUUCCGGGAUGCAUUCCUUUUAGCGAUUGCGUGGAAGUAUCUUGUUCCUUUGUCCGCUUCCAGGAUGUGAGUUGCCUUUGCCUUUUGUUGGAAGAAACUGCAUUCGGCCUCCCCCAAAAAAAUAGCUUUUUCCCUUGCCAUCCUCACUUGCUCUUUUAAUUCGGUAUCCAUUGGAGAUGAUAGGAAUAGGUUGUUCAAUCUUUUAAAAUCAUCCUUGGCAGCCUUUGCCUUGGAGGAUAUAUGGCCAUACUCAAGCUUGUUUAGAUUUUUAAGAGGCUGUUUAAGCAUCUUAAGCUUCCUAACAAUUUUGUAUUGAGCCUAUCCAUGAAUGCCAAUGUUCCAAUUCUGCAAAACUAGGUUAGUAAAGUCCAUAUGUUUCAACCACAUGUUAAAAAAUUUAAAUGCUUUCGGUCUUGAAGAGGGAUUAUCGAGUAUAGACACCACGGAUGCCGUGUGGUCAAACUCAACCUCCAUUUCCGCGAAAUGGGCCUUGCAUUGAAUUCCCAAUUGAGCCCACGCCUCAUUGAUCAACACCCGGUCUAGUUUUGCCCAAAUUGAUCCCCUAUUCCAAGUAAAAAAUUGUCCAGUGGAUGGGGCAUCUUGAAGGCAAAGUCGGACCUUGAAAUCAAACAAAUCCUUUAGGAAAUAAUUUGCGGGUGUAGAUGAGCCCAACCGUUCAUUAGGAGAACAAACACAAUUAAAGUCACCUGCGAUAAACCAUGGGUCCAUAAUUUGGUCCCCAAGCAACGCAAGGUGCUCCCAUAAGGCCCUUCGUCUCACAACCGUAUAAAGAGAAUAAAUAAAUGUAGCAUAGAAUAUGGUUUGUGACGUUCGGCAUAGGCAUUUGAAGUGCAUGUGUUGUUCCCCCAUUUCAAUCAACGUACACGAAAUUAAAUUGGGGUUCCAAAUAACUAGUAUGCGACCCCCAUCAAUAAAUUCAUGAUUAGUUUCAAAAAACCAACCCGGCCAUUUAUUAGAAACAUAAAUGUCAAUGUUAUUUUUUGCCAUUUUUGUUUCUAAAAGGCCACAUAAAGACACAUUAUUAGAUUUAAUAAAAUUCGAAAUGAUAGAGUGUUUGGAAGGUUUUUUCAAACCUCGCACAUUCCACACGGCAGCCCUAAUCAUUAGAAACGUCGGGGUUGGAGGAUUGGGCAUCCUCCGGUUCCUCCUCUUCCUCUUUCCCUUUGCCUUUUCUUAUGUUGUCCAUUGUUCUCUUUCGAGCCUCCAUAUUCUCUUCACUAUUAUCAUCAAAGAAAGACACAACCUUAGGAAUAAAAAGUGAAGUGUCAAAAGAAAACCAACCUCCUUUGCGCUUAACUCCUGGCAAUUCCCGCAAGCAAUCAAGAGUGAAGGUCAUGCCGGGAUCUUCUAGUUUUACUUCUUUGAAGUCCGGGCCAACACGGUGUACUGGCAUACUGAAAGGGAGGAGUUCCCUCUUCCCGGCAUACACGGUUCUAUGGCCCUCUUCAUCAAAUUCCAUGCUUGUCACCACAUCUUCCUCAUCUAGCUCGUACACAUUAUGGAUUAGACGUUCCCCCCAAUGUUCAUAUGGUUUCGUCCUCACAUACACAGGGUCACGGUCUUGGGCCUUAGCUUUGGCUUUAGCUUGUCUUUCCAUACGUUCUUUCUCUUGGGCAGCUUGUACACUCGCCUUUUCUUUUGCAAACUCCACAUUAUGGCUAGCAUUAACAUCAAAGAAAGACACUACAUUAGGAAUAAAAAGUUCUUUAUUAAAUUCAUACCAUUUUUCAACACGCUUAACCCCUGGGAGUGCCACCAAGCAUGGGUCUGCGAACUGGAUAGCCUGGGAAUCCUGUUGAGCCUCCUUUAGUGUAUGUACGUCAAGCAAAGCAAUAGGGACCUUCUUUUUUAUUUGGUGCAGUUUUUUGACAAAUGCGAAUCUUCCUCCAUCCUCUUCGGUUACAAAGUCUACAACAAUAUCGUCCGGAUGCAAUUGAUGUACACUAUUGAUUCUUCUUCCCAUCCAAAUGACCUCCUUCCCGGGAUUAUUUUUUGGCAUCAAAGGGGCUGCCUGUUUGUUUGGAAGAGUGGCAGCCGGUUGUUUGGGUAAAGUGGCAGCCGUGUUCUUCAUUUUAUUUGAAGAUGAUGAAGCAUGGUUUUGAUUCUUCCUUGGCACCACCAACUGAAAGGAAUACUCCUCGGGUUCACCAUUCAUGAUCAUCUUUGGAGUUUCUUUCUUGUUUGUAGUAUUCUUGGAAGUAGGCACCGCUUCUUUCUCCAUCUCUUUAAGCUCCGGAUGAAGAAUCUUGCAAUAGAAGGGAUUAUGGCCGUAUGUUUUACAUUCAUAGCAAUAAUUGGGAUAAGCUUCAUAAGUCACAAAUUGGGUCCUCUUUUUCCCGGAUGGUUGAAUCAUAGGGAUUUUAAGGAUUGGCGGCUUAGACAAGUCCACCUCAACAAGAACCCUAGCAAAGUUAGGCCUUGUUUUGUUGAGUGUAAUUUGAUCCGCCACAAUUGGUACUCCAAUACGCGAUGCAAGUUCACUUAUCUCUUCUUUGUUCCAUAAAGUGACCGAGAGCCCGGGUAAUUUAACCCAAAUCGGAACUUUGAGGAACUCUUCAUCAUCAACCUCAAAAUCAUCGGAUAGAACCUUAAGGAAAAGAGCCUUGCCAUAAGAUGAAUAAGGUCCUCCGGAUAUGAUUUUUGUUCGGUCCUCUUCAUUUUUGAAUUGGAAUAUGAUCCAACCCUUGUCGUGUUGCUUCAACUUGCAUGGAACACCCCAUUUCUUUAUUAAAUCAAGUACGGCUUUGAAGCCGGGGAAUCUCCCAGUGAAAAUUCCCACCAAACAAUACCCCCAUAUAUCAAUUAUGGAGGGAACCUUUCGGUUAGAGAAGUCCACAACGUCCCCUUUAGGAGGUAUGAAUUCGAGCUUCAUGCCAUGUGAAAUAGACCUAUUGUUUUGGAACAAAUUGGUCCAUUCCUUUUUUUCUUCUUUUCCAUCCUUAGUUAUUGCAUCAUGGCUAGCCUCGGAGCAUGUGUCAUUGGAACCAAGGGUUACGGACUCAUCUUCCACCAAAUCAUCCUUCUUUGGAGUGGCAUUAUCAUUUGAGGAACCUUCGGUUAAGGAGGCAUUUUGCUUCUCAAAAGUAAUCUCUUUUGAGGAUUCCGCCAUAGAGUGUGGAGGGUUGAUAGUGAGCCUGGGAGCAAUUUUGGGGACAUAAGGAACAACAACUUGAUCCCCCAUCUUCUUUUUAUCCUCAAUCUCAUUUCUCUUUUCAUUUAGCAUCUUGAUUUUAGCAUCAAAAAUGCUAUCCUUUGGAGGGGGGGUGCGGUUCUUCUUGUUCUUCUUUGUCAUUGGGGAAGUUUGCACAUAGCAUGCCCAAGUACAAAGCUUGUACGUGCCUGAAAAGUUAGUAGCAAGCACACACACAAAUACAAGAAAAGGGCAGUAGGAUUCAAGAAUAAAUUACCCAAACCAAACAAAGCCCAAAAAUUUUGAAAAUACUCUCACACAACCCCCUUGAGGUUAGGAACACAACGGUAUAAACCUCUACACCAAUGGAUAAGUAUGGGAUUCAGAAUAAAUUCCUAACUAGUCCAAGGUGUGCCGGAAUUACUGUAGCAAGCAGUUCCAGGGAAGGGGGAGAUGAACAGUACCUACGAAAUUUUGGAACUUCCCAGAAAAAUCUGAAAAAAUUACAAUUUGUUCACCAAGAAAGACCGAGUGCAAGGGAACAAACAGUAGUUCAAUCGGACGAGUAAUGAGUUCAGGAAAAAUCAAGAAAGAAUAUAAACCUCGAGCUAGCUACAGUGUCCAAGAAUUUAGGGGAAAAACUGAAAUGUUACCCAAAAUUGAUGAAACCAGUACCGUUAGCUUUGUAUUGCUCUGGGGAAUCCAAAUCCACCUUCAUUACUGAAUUUGAACGAUAGGAUCUGAAGAAAUCUGAAAGUCAACCCUCGGCGUGAACAGUACACCACACCAAUGGAUGUUUGCUAACUCCGGUACUGCGGCGUUGUGGUGGUCGGAGACCUGGUCCCGGAGGUUCGCCAGAGGCUGGCGACCCCCAAGGUAGCUUCACCUCCUCUUCAAGAAUCAAGCUCUUUCCAAAACAAUCGGUAGGGAUGAAAGAUUCUUGAUUUCCGAGUUAGAGAAACACAGAUUUACAAGGAUUAAUUCGUGGGAUUAUGCGUGAAAAAGUAAGGAAGGAACGAGCUAUCUAAGAAGGUCCGAACUUGGAGGGUGCGUGACUUUCCUAGAGAGAAGCUGGAGCGCUUCCCUAGAGAGAAGCUGGAGCGUUUCCUAAAAGAAUGAACUUUUAAAGCCUAUAUGGUUG